UAUUCAAUUGAGUCUGACUUUGACACAUGGAAUAAAGUUGAAAAAUCACAAAUAUCAUACCACAAAUCCCCUCAGACAUCAUUAACGCUUGUUAAUAAUAUAAAAACAAUUGUAGGCUCUCAAUCUCAAAUUGAAUCAUGUAAUUUAGAUGAAUUCAAUGAGUAUUUAGAAAAUAUGAAACAAUCRCCWGAAUCAGACCAAUCUCAACAUGCCGAACAAAAACAGGCAAAAGAAGAAGAAUCGAUGCAAGAAUCUCCUGAUAGUUUUAUGUCUUCUUCACCUUUGAAUAAAUAUCAAACCAGAAGGUCAUUGAAUAAGCAAUUUGAAAAUUCAAUGGAAAUGGAAUUUAUUGGAUCUACUUUAAUAGAAGAGUCAAAUGAUAGUGUUGAAAAAUUAAAACUAAUGUACAAUCAGUGUAAAUCAGAAAAUCAGGAGCUGCGUGAAAAGUGUGAAAAAAUUGAAAAGUACUGGGAAUCAAGGUACAAUCAACUAUGUGAAGUAGCAGACAAAGCACUAGAAGAAGCUAAACGGUUGAAAGAUGAAGGUACUGAAUUGGAACGUGGUAUGGAUACACUACGCAAUGAAUACUUGGAGUGUGAAGAAUAUUGGUCUUUAAAAUUAGAAGAAGAACAUAAACUAAAUGAAUUGGAGAARAAAGUUAGUGAAGAAAAAUUGAAUAAUCUAGAAAUCAAGAUUAAAGAGUACAGUGAUCUGUUAGAAGAGACAACUGAUAAUAAAUUACCUUCAAUCGACGAAAAUGCUGAACUUGAAGAACAAAUAAAUUGUAUUCAACAUGAAUUUUCAAGCUACUGUGUAAAAAUCGAAGAAGAAAUGGAAAAGCUUAAGAUUGAAAAUGAAAGAUUAAAAUCUCAAAUUGUUAUUCCAGUUGAAAAAGAAUGUGAGAAAUGCCACGAAAAUUUAAAAAUAAAUAGCGAAUUUGACAACAGGGAGUUUGACUUAAAAAAAAAUUGUGAAAAGUUAGGAAUGGAAUGCCAAAGUUUGUUGCAACGAAGGAACAUACUAAAAAAUGAAAUUUCRCAAUUACAAGAAUGUCAUAAUGYACMUACUUUUAAACACCCACAAAGAGUUAUUCAUGAAAAUGGAAAUCAAUCAAAUCAAUCAGGUGUGACACCUGAAAUGUCCAUAUAUACUAAGAGGUGCAAAGAACUGGAACAAAAGCUCCAUGAUGAAUAG